AUUUACUUUCACGGUUUGAUUGUUUGGCCUCUGCGACCUUGGAGUCCACAUACUGGCUGUUUGGUUUUUUUCGGUUCACUGAAGCGAUAGAGAGUUUAUGCAACGCUAGUUUCGGAUACACCUUGAUAUUUCCUGUUGAUGAUUCGUGCCAUACUUAUUAUUAAUAACCAUGGAAAACCAAGAUUAAUAAAGUUUUAUGAGCACUAUAGUGAAGAUGAACAACAGAAAAUUGUCAAAGAAGUUUUUCAUUUGGUCUCUAGAAGAGAUGAUGAUGUUUGUAAUUUUUUAGAAGGUGGCACACUAGUCGGUGGACAAGAUUAUAGAUUAAUUUAUCGUCAUUAUGCAACAUUGUAUUUUGUAUUUUGUGUUGAUUCAUCUGAAAGUGAACUUGGCAUAUUGGAUUUAAUUCAAGUAUUUGUUGAAGCAUUAGAUAAAUGUUUUGAGAAUGUUUGUGAACUUGAUUUAAUUUUUCAUGUAGAUAAGGUAAUUUGUUGUUUUAAAAAAAGUUUUUAAUCUUUUUGUAUAGGUACACUACAUACUAAAUGAACUUGUAUUAGGUGGAAUGGUAUUAGAAACUCAUAUUAAUGAAAUUACUCAUAGAUAUGAAGAACAACAAAAACUAGAGAAACAAGAGUCUGGAUUAUCCGGAGCGCCAGCUCGGGCUGUUUCAGCAAUGCGUGAUUUAAAUCUUCAUCAGAAAUUCAAGGAGAUACGUUUUCCAGAUUUACAAUCAUUGCAAAACAGACUAUCACGUUGACAUUUUUUUGUAUAUGUGCUUAUUCUUUGUUUCGUUUUAUCUGUUUGUUAUGUAUUACCUAAUAAUUUCAUAUAUAACUACAAAAUUAUCUAUUUGUUUCUUGUUUAAAAUGCUUUUUUUAUUUCCGAAAUUAUAUUUACUGAUCUC